AUGGCCGCCGCGCGGGCGCCUUCCCAGCAUGCCGUGCGCGCGCGUGCGCCCACGGGGACACGCCCAGGCCUGGGAGAUGAGGGAGGGCCGCUUCCGCCGGCCCGGGGGCAGGGCCUGCAGAGGCUGAGACUCCGCCCCUGCCCGGUAGUACCGCCCCAUUCCGCGCCAAGCGAAGCUGGAGCCAAAAUAGGCACUUACGAAUACGUCCAGGAGCUAUGGAGAAAGAAGCCGUCCAAUGUAAUGCGGUUUCUUCUCAAGGUGUACUGCUGCCAGUACUGCCAGCUCUCUGCACCCCACAGGGCUCUCCACCCCAUCCAGCCUGAUGAUGCACACAGAUUGGGAUACAAGAUCAAGCAAGGUUAUGUCACAUAUCAGAUUCCUGUGAGCUGUGCUGGCCACAAAUGCCUAGUUCCUAAGUGUGCCAGCUAUGGCAAGCCUGAUUAUCAUGGUGUUAAACAGCUGAGGUUUGCUUGAAGCCUUCAGUCUACUGUAGAGGAAUGAGUUGGAUGCCACCAUGGGGCUCUGAGAGUCCUGGUUUCUUACUGGUUUGAAGAUUCUACACACAAAUUCUUUGAGGUUAUCCUCAUUGAUCCAUUCCAUAAAGCUACCAGAAGAAAUCCUGAUACCCAGUGGAUCACAAGACCAGCCCACAAAUACAGGGAGAUGCAAGGGCUGACAUCACAGAUUGAAAGAGUUGUGGCCUCGAAAGAGCCACAAGUUCCCCCGGAGCCGGCCCGCGGGAGGCGCGGCCCGGAGGAGGCUUGGGCCCGGGGGCCGGGAGCAGCAGGGGAGCGGCGGGCGGCCGGCGGCGGGGAGCGGAGGCGCUUGGCUGGGCGCGGGCGGCGGCGCGAGCGGGGCGGACGUGCCCCGCGCGGCCUCCCCAUGGCGGGGAGCGGGCCGCGACGGUGGCGGCGCUGA